GCAUGCUGUACCCCUGACAGCUGGGCCCAGGGGCCAAAUCAAAACAAGGCUGCACCUCAUGCACUUGUUGCAUGAACAAGACCAUCACUACAGCCAGCUGGAGGUACAGUAAGGACAGUAAAAAAGAUUCUAACCUGAACAAACUUUCUCCUACUUAUGAGCCAUACCACCCUGAGCUCAGUGGGCUGAGGGAACAUUAAUAAAGGAUCAAAAUGACUGACUUGGUCUCUUCAAAUGAAGAGGAUAAGGAUCCUGACAUUGAGUUGUUUGUAAAGGCAGGCAGUGAUGGGGAGAGCAUUGGGAACUGCCCCUUCUCCCAAAGACUCUUCAUGAUCCUAUGGCUGAAAGGGGUGGUAUUCAAUGUCACCACUGUUGAUCUGAAAAGGAAGCCACCAGAUUUACAUAAUCUGGCACCUGGAACACACCCACCUUUUCUCACUUUCAAUGGAGAGGUGCGAACGGAUGUCAACAAGAUCGAGGAGUUCCUAGAGGAGAAGUUACCUCCUCCAAAGUACCCAAAGCUAGCAGCAAAAAACAGGGAAUCUAAUACUGCAGGAAAUGACAUCUUUGCUAAGUUUUCUUCAUACAUAAAGAACACAAAACCGGAGGCAAACCCAAGUCUACAGAAAGGGUUACUAAAGGCUCUGAAGAAACUAGAUGACUUCCUUAACUCUCCCCUACCCGAGGAGAUUGAUGCAGACAGUAUGGAGGAGGAGAAGUGUUCUAAUCGUAAAUACCUGGAUGGAAAUGAAUUAACACUAGCAGAUUGCAACCUUCUACCCAAACUUCAUGUUGUCAAGGUUGUUUCUAAGAAAUAUCGUCACUUUGAAAUACCGUCGGACUACAGCGGAGUGUGGCGCUAUCUGCAGAAUGCAUAUGCACGGGAUGAGUUUACCAACACGUGUGCAGCUGAUAGAGAGAUUGAACUUGCUUACCAAGAUGUAGCCAGGAGACUGGGCAAGUGAAACCUGGCAGAAUGCAGAAUAAUUAGCAAAUUUCAUAAAUCCAUCAUUUACUCACAAUUAAAAGAAAAAUGUCUAAAAUGUUUAAACGGAGAAUAUACUAUUAAAAAAAGUGAUUUGGAAUUUAAUGGCUGCAACAGGUCUCAAAAAAGUUGGGAACGUGUCAUGCUUACCAUUGUGUAGCAUCACGUCUGCUGUGAGACCGAUUGCUGAUGUUUUGGGAGAGCAAUGCUGUGGGUUGUGCUUUGUUGUACUUUUUAUUUUGUGAUGCACAAAUGUUUUCAAAUGGUGCAAGGUCUAGACUACAGGCAGGCCAGUUAAGCACCCAGACUCCUUCGGUCUUUCUACUAUUUCGGUCGUUCCCUAAAAAAGGAUGUUUUCUUGAUGGAAGCAUUUUUUGCUCUUAAACUGUAUAUACAUUUCAGCAUUGAUAAAGCCUGUCCAAAUGCGUAGGUUGGCCAUUCCACAGGCACUAAUCCACUCCCAUAGCAUCCGAGAUUUUUGAACCAAGUGCUGAUUUGUACAUUUGAUAAAUAAUGCAUAACAUUCAUUUCAUUUUUUUUUUGUCAGAGGGACUUUUUUGACUUAGCAAUUUUAUUGUGUGCUGCCUCGAGGACACCAUAUUGGAUUUGUCCUUUAUAUGCCCUAGAUAGACUGUUGCCUUGUCUGAUGCUGUCUGGGUACAUUUUACAUGUCAUUGCCAUUUUUGCUCCCUGGGUGCAAAUGGCAUGGAUCUGUCCCAUCAGCAAUUCUGUAAUGGGCUUGAGAAAAGACUGUGCCACUUAAAUAGUUCUAAUGCAUUCUUUGCAGUUUCUGUCUCUUGUAAUGCACAAGGCAGCAUUUGCUUUCACUGUAUUGCAUUGCAUAAUGCAGAGAUCAAUACACCUGCAGUGCUAUCUAGGAUUCCGUUUAAAUCUGCACAGAAUAAAUUGGAAAUUCUGCAGUGAAUCUAUUACUUUUAUGACCUUUGUCUUUGUUUUCGCUUCAAGAGGGUUACCUUUGUGCAGUUUGGUUCCUUCUGUAUUCUGUGAACCUGUUAUUAUGCAUCCAGGGGUGGAUCUAGAAAAAAUCAUUUAUAGGGUGGAAAGGGAGUGGCAUGAAAAUUAUUAGGGUGGCAACACUGAAGCAAGCACCAUUGCAUAGUUCUUGUAGAUUUAAGGAAUAAUAUGCAUAUUCAGUGUAUACACUGGGGUGCACAUUUUAUAUUGGUCUAUAAAAAUCCAAUAAAAACUGAUAUUUGGGUUCGACUUUACUUGAAAUGGAACAACAAAGAAUAAAUGAGAUGGUGAGGUAUUUAAAUUAUAUUUAUAUUUAAAUUCUGUUUCUGUUUUACCACAUUUAAAUCACCAACAAAUAUCUUUAAAAAUUAAAUAAAUAAAAAAAAUCACAGUAUUCUGUGCAACACAAACCGCCAAAUACAUUGUUGUCAUGUUUCGUCAUUCAUUUGUCAAAAACUCAGACAAUCCUGGAGCUGCAAGCCACUCAACAACCUACUUUAAAAGAUAGUUCAAAGAUAGUUAAGGGUUAUUAGUUUAGAACUGUGUCAUUAAUAUACGCAAAGAUAUAAUUAAACGUAACUAUAUUAAUAUAUAGUAUUACAUGUGCAUUUACAUUUAUAGUCAACCCCGAUAAUUUGGAACGUUAGGAAUCACAUUUUAAUUUAUGUUUUCUCUAACAAAUUUCCAAAACACAGUAUUGUCUUAAAGUCACAUAAUGUCUAGAUGAAUUCAUUAAGGUACCAUAGGGGCUGCGGGAGUGCGUUCAAAAUUGAUGUCUAAGAACGUAACCCCAGUGAGUUCCGGGGGACCACUUACAUGUACAUUUAUACAAAUGAUUCCAUUCGCUAAAAGAACCGGAGUCGUUUGUUUGUUAUCAGUGAUCAGGCUGGUUGCAGUGAAAGUGUUUGAUUCACUAUUCAGUAGUUCAAAAGAGUCGUUUACUCGGACUACGCUUUAGAAGAGAUUUCUUGCCAUUAUUUAUGCCUAUAAGUUUUAGUAUAUAAUUAAACUGAAGCGCCCACUGCUGUAAAUCGGUCGAGGAAACUGGUUAAAUGUAUAUUUUAUUCAUUGGGUUACAAAGCUGGGGUGGCACUUAGCAUUGCAUUUGCCACCUCGUGCCACCCCGGUAGAUUCGCCCCUGUAAAUGCAUGACAUGAAACAUGUUGAUUUAAAGCUUAUUUUGUGAAAAUUGUUCUACUCUGAACUGUAUGAUUACAGUAACUGUACGUAUGUAGUGUUAUUUUAUGUUUAUUUGAGGACAGUAAUGGAGACUUAACCCAUAUUCAUUUCCCGCACUCCUUAGUUAGUGGAAAAAGUUGCCACAGGCCCUAGUUAAGCGAACAGCGCCAUCUUGUGAUGAAGCAGUAUAUUUUUUCAACAAUGGUACACAAAGAAAUGGCAUGAUUACUUAAACAGUUUUUGAUUAUCGAUAGGAAUAAACAUGUUAUUAAACUUCUGUAAAGCACUCACAUGUACCAGGUUUCCCCCCAACAGUUUAUUUAAAUCACCUAAGCUGCUGUAAGCUAUGGAUUGCACAUUGCAUGAUUGUCAGCUAACAUAUCAACAUGUUAGUGCAUUAUUGGUAGUCUUAUUAAUGAUGAUAUAAAUCUUUAUAUAUUGUAAAAUGUCCCAAUGUAUUUGUUUGGAAAGAUCUUGCAUAAUUCUGUCCUCUGCUAUAUGCCACAGUGGUUGUACUGAAAUCUCUUCUAAUGGAAAAUAAAUCUAGUUUUUCAAA